UUUAGCGGCUUUUGUGCUAAAAUCCCGAAAGAAGAAAGACAGAAUUUCCCCAUUUAAAAACUAGUGGAAAUGAAAUGAAGUAACUACAUCACGUCUUUAUUUAUGUGGGGGAAAAAGGGGCGACCAUCGACAGUAAGCUCUGCUGCACCUGAGCUGUGCAACUCUGAAGGCGGAUUUCCCCCCCAUCUCUUUUUCUCGCUGAAGUUUUCUCCUUUCAGAUUUCUGUCAGGAUCUCCAGAAGUGGGCUCCUCUCCGAUUCAUUAAAGCUCAGACUGUACACAAAGAAGAGAAAACGUUUCUUCUUCAUCCAUCCCGCUAAAGUUUUUAAAGAUGAGAGGAGCAUCCCAGGACUGGCUGAGGGGCGUGUCUUUGCUCCUGAUGCUCCAGACCACCACAUCCAUGGUGAUGCUUCCCAACUCCACAGGCUGGGGGCAGAUUUUAGACAAGUAUCUGGAUGAGGAUGGGGACUGGUGGGAGGCCAAACAAAGGGGGAAGAGAGCUAUCACCGACAGCGAUGCUCAGCUCAUCUUGGACCUUCACAACAAGCUCAGAGGCCAGGUUUACCCUCCUGCUUCCAACAUGGAGUACAUGAUAUGGGACACAGAGUUGGAACGUACAGCAGAGGAGUGGGCAGAAACCUGCUUGUGGGAGCACGGUCCAGCCAGCUUACUGCCACAGAUCGGGCAGAACCUGGGUGCACACUGGGGAAGGUAUCGUCCACCUACGUUCCAUGUGCAGGCCUGGUAUGAUGAAGUGAAAGACUACAGCUUCCCUUACCCUCAGGAGUGUAAUCCCUACUGUCCCUUUAGAUGCUCCGGUCCAGUUUGUACACAUUAUACACAGCUGGUCUGGGCCACUAGCAGCCGAAUUGGUUGUGCCAUCAAUGUGUGCUACAACAUGAAUGUGUGGGGACAGAUUUGGGCCAAAGCUGUUUAUCUUGUCUGCAACUAUUCACCAAAGGGGAACUGGUGGGGCCAUGCUCCUUACAAACAUGGGACCCCGUGUUCUGCUUGUCCUCCAAGCUACGGAGGAGGAUGCAAGGACAACCUCUGCUACAAAGAUGAAUAUGACAGAUCCAACCGUCUUCAAGAGGAAACAGAAGAAAACAACUUCAUUGAGCCAGAGGCCCCCCGUUCCACAAAACCCCGGUCCCGGGCCCCCAAGCCAGCCCCUCCCAGCCUUCCUGUCCCGUCUCCCACCAAGCCCCCCACAGAGGACCUGCAGAAGAAUGAAGUGGUCAACACUCAGCAGAUGUCUCAGCUAGUGACCUGCGACAUGAAGCUUCGAGAUCAGUGUAAAGGAACGCCAUGUAAUAGAUAUGAGUGUCCAGCUGGAUGCUUGGAUGCAACAGGAAAAGUAGUUGGGACAGUAUACUAUGAAAUGCAAUCAAGUGUGUGCAGAGCCGGUCUACAUGCUGGUGUCAUAGAUAAUGACGGAGGGUGGUUAGAUGUCACAAGACAUGGCAGAAAGGACUUUUUCAUUAAAUCCAACAAGAAUGGAGUCCAGUCGCUGGGAAAAUAUCAAAGUGCUAACUCCUUUGCUGUUUCUAGAGUUGCAGUUAAGGCAAUCACAUGUGAGACUACAGUUGCACAGUUGUGUCCAUAUGAAAGGCCGGCAAGACAUUGUCCAAGGUUAUACUGCCCGAGGAAUUGUUUAGAGGAGAAUCCUCAUGUAUCCAGAGUCAUCGGUACCAAAAUAUACUCUGAUAAGUCCAGUAUAUGCCGGGCAGCCGUCCACGCUGGAGUCAUCAAGAACGAUGUGGGUGGUUACAUCGAUGUGAUGCCGGUGGACAAGCGGAAACACUACAUUACCUCCUACCAAAAUGGCAUUUUCUCAGAGAGUCUUCAAAACCCACCUGGAGGGAAAGCGUUCCGAGUCUUCGCUGUGAUUUGAGCACGCAAGAGGGGCGGCUUCACCAAACAAAAAAGCGCACUUGAGGCUGUUGAAUAGGCGGCAAUCAAGCCACGUUGUCAAACUCAAUGACUGAAAUGUUUUCUCGCUCUGCUACACUUCAGGGGUCAGAGGUUGUUGCCAUAGUAGCAGUAAAUCUGGUAACAAAAAAAAACUAUCCAUUGAGAAACCUGCCUGUACUCUCUUUUGUGGAUUUUUUUUUUUUCUUUGCAGCUUUAGUGGUAAAUUUCACAAACUGUAAAUAUUGCUAAUGGUUUUGUUGUAUAUAUUUGUUUAUAGUGUUACUGGUUUUGCCUUUGUGCCAAAGUCUUGCCUUUUUUUAAACAAAUAUCAGUGUAUGAAUAUUGAUUAGAGAACGCUGACAUAGCAGCAUGUAAAAAUGAAUAUCAUUAUACUGUAUCAAGUCUGGCACAUUUUUUUAUUGGUGCUUUUUUGGAGAAGGUGUCUUGCCAUAUUUUGUACUUUUUUAAUGACUGGGAAGAUUUUUGUUAUGCAUUUAUUUUUAUAUGAUUAAGCUCUAUAUCAACAUGAAUUGUAACGAAUGCUGCUAUAUGUUUUAUGUAUUGGGGGGGUGGGUGUAAGUAUUCUUUCCAAAUAAUUAAACUGAGCUAGAAAAAUACCUGCAGGUCAGGAAGUACAUUCAUCCUUCUGAAAACCUUCGUGUCUUCAUCAUGAUUUUCAUUUUAUAGGAUGCUAUUGCCCAUAAAGAUGUUUUCAGAGUAUAUCUAAUCUGCUCUUUUGACAUUGAUAAGCAAACUCAGUGACAGGCAACAGUUUUAUUGACUUUUUUUUUUCAAGGUGUAAUCAUAAUUGGAAGUUACCUGUACCAUUGUGUCGUUUUAUGCUUACAUCACAUACAUUUUCCUUCUUUGGGUUGUAAAGAAAGGUACAUUUUUAU